UAUUUUGGUUUAGAAGAUCAUAAGCUUGAAAGCUGAAAGAGCUGUUAUGGAUGUAUUGAAUUCAGAAGCUUAUGGGAUCUUAACUGUUCUCAUGGAUUGGGUCUCAAAUAAGCAUCUUAGCAAACUCAGAAUACAAGAAGAAAGAAGGGACAAUCAGAAACCUCAGUCUACUGGAAUAACCUCCAUCCAGGAAAAGUGUUUGAAGUCCACUUAUACAGUAAGUCGACAUACUGCAUUGAAUUACCUGGAUCAGGCAUUUCAUUCCGUUCACACAGACUUGAAGACUGAUGAAGGGAAGGCCUUACUUUUGGAAUAGCAAUGCAUGCCUGUCGUAUUAAGUCACUUAAAUUAAUUCAAUAAAAGUCUGCUUUCCAGUGCUCUUGAUGGGUUACAUCAGAUGACCAUGGAAUCUGAGAAGAUCCUCCUUGGAGAAGGAGGAGUAGAGUUGUUUUCAAUUGGCUCCAUGUCCAGUGAUGCAGACAAUGGGAUUGAGGGCACCCUCAGCAAGUUUGCUGAUGACACCAAGCUGAAUGGUACAGUUGACACAGUCGAAGGAAGGGAUGCCACCCAGAGGGACCUGGACAGGCUCAAAAAGUCUGCACGUGAGAAACUAAUGAAGUUUAACAAGGCCAAGUGUGAGGUGUGUCACUUAAGUCAAGGCAAUCCCAGAUCUGACUUCAUUGCCCUUCUGUGGACACAUUCUUGUAGUGAGGGGCCCAAAACUGAACAUGGUACGCAAGGUGUGGCCUCACCAGAACUGAGUUCAGGGGGGAAAUACUUUUUCCAUACUUGUUCUGUGUUGCUUCAAAAUUCCAGGCUAAAUAUUCCCAAUAUGGAGAAACUCUUGGUUAUACUGCAAAAGCUCUUGGGCAUAUGGUAAUCCUUUAUUGCCAUUAUUCUGUUGGUUGUUAUAUAGGUUGAUACACUUGGGAACUUUUCUCUCUUUCCUAUUUCAAGAACAAGUAUUCCUUAUGUAGGUAGAUGACAAGACUGCUUAGAAGAAAACUCAACUUUUCUUUCCUCCAACCUUCAGUUUUACUGAGGAACUUUGUAAAGAAUCUCUGAAAAUUCACUCUUGCAUGUGACAGUGAAAAUUGACAAAACUCAAAUUUUCCACCAAAGCCAGUUUAUAGUCUUGAGACAUUUCAAACUUUUGGGGCAUGUUAAACUGUAUAAAAUGGGCUUCCGUUGGUUAUUAGUUGAUGGUAACAAAGAUCUUCAUUGCGUCUGUGGCAGCGUACUGUUGGGUUUCAUGGGCGUGUUAUUAAUGGGACCGUGUCAUUUAUCAAAGCAGGCAUAUAAGCUCAGCCAUGGUUUACCAUAGAGUUUGUUGUUUACCAAACUCUGGGAUUUGUUUGAUUUUCUUAGGAACAAAAUUGAACUCCAGGGAAAAAAAAAGUAUUUUACUGUGAAAUGCUCUGGUUUAAAUCAUAACAUUACUUGGAAGUAAUCUAAAAGUGAAGUUAGCUUAGAAAUCCAGAUUGUUUUUAAUUACUUUUUUAAUUAAAAGACAACCUCACAGCCAGUGCUAUGAAUUAGGACUUUAAAACAGUCUUGAAAGUAAAUUCUUUAUUGCUGCUGUUGUAGUGUUUUAUUAUUAUAUUUGCCUUGAUAGCAUUCUGAAUUUUCUGCAUGUGUCCCAUUUCUGAAAUCUUGCCUCUCAUUGGGGAAAUCCCCUUACAGUCUUUCGUUAAGCUUUCAUUAUACGAUGUCUAAAUACCACUUAGGCAAGUGAAAGUGUAGCUCUUAAUGAUUUUUGCCAACAUUUUUCUCUAUACAUUGAUAACUUUCUGCUUAGAGACAGAAUUAAACGAGCUCCCAGUAUAAUGCAUGUUUUUCUACAUAAAACAAGUCAUUUUCUGCAAAGUCUUCACUGUUCUGUGGAAACUUGUCAAUUUUCAAUUAUCAAAUGUCAUUUAUUUUAUGUAAAAUCUUUUGCAGAAGCAAUAAGGUGAUGCUUGAACUAUUUAAAUGUCAUGAAUUGAACAAAGAACUACAGAUGACAAUGGGCCCAAUUCAUUCUUGUAUCUGUACAAACCAAAAUCCUAUCCUGUAUAAUUUGGGAGCGGAGCAGAGUGGCACUCAUGCUGCUGUUCCAAACACAGGUCACUAGCACUAUCUAUCAAUCCAAUUAUAUGUAACUUAGUUUUAGUCUGAAUAACUUACACAAAUUUCCAAUGUUGCUUGUGGAAA